AAACGUUCUCCAACUCCCCACCAGAGUAGCUAGAUACGAGUGUCGAUUGGUGCAUUCACAAACCCUGAGCUAGACACAGGGUACUGAUUGGUGUAUUUACAAUCCCUUAGCUAGACAUAAAGGUUCUCCAAGUCCCCACCAGACACAGGAGCCCAGCUGGCUUCAUCCAGUGGAUCCCGCACCGGGGCCGCAGGUGGAGCUGCCUGCCAGUCCCGCGCCGUGCGCCUGCACUCCUCAGCCCUUAGGUGGUCGAUGGGACUGGGCGCCGUAGAGUAGGGGGUGGCGCUCGACUGGGAGGCUGGGGCGGCGCAGGAGCCCAUGGCGCGGGGAGGCUCAGGCAUGGCGGGCUGCAGGGCCCGAACCCUGCCCGGGGGGAGGCAGCUAAGGCCCGGCGAGAAGUCGAGCACAGCAGCUGCUAGCCCAGGUGCUAAGCCCCUCACUGCCGCGGGCCAGUGGGGCCGGCUGGCCGCUCCGAGUGUGGGGCCCGCCGAGCGCCCGCCCACCCGGAACUGGCGCUGGCCCGCAAGCGCCGUGCGCAGCCCCGCAAGCGCCGUGCGCAGCUCCGGUUCCCGCCUGCGCCUCUCCCUCCACACCUACCCGCAAGCUGAGGGAGCCGGCUCCGGCCUCGGCCAGCCCAGGAAGGGGCUCCCACAGUGCAGCGGCGGGCUGAAGGGCUCCUCAAGUCCCGCGAAAGUGGGAGCUCAGGCAGACGAGGCGUCGGGAGCGAGCGAGAGCUGCGAGAACUGCCAGCACGCUGUCACCUCUCACCACGAUUACAGGUGUAAGCCACAGUACCUGGCCUACCUUGAAGUUUUUUUUAACCUAAAGAGGAUAAUGCUGGUCUCACAAAAUGGAUUGGGAAAUGCCACACCUCUACUUUCUGAAAGAGUUUACAUAAGAGCCUCACUCUGUCGCCCAUGCUAGAGUGCAAUCACGCAAUCUUGGCUCACUGCAACCUCUGCCUCCUGGGUUGAAGCGAUUCUCCUGCCUCAGCCUCUUGAGUAGCUGGAAUUACAGCCUCUGUUACUGGGCAUGGAGUCAUCUGUCUUCUACGGAGCACCUCUGUCUUUUGGUCAAAGAGGGAAAAUGAAAUCCUGGCCCUAUGGAUACUGGGAAGCAUACUCAAGUAUCUCUGAGUUUGAGACCAGCUUGGGCAACAGAGCAAGACACCGUGUCUACAAAAAAAAAAAAAAAAAAAAAAAAAAAAAAAAAAAAAAAAAAAAAAAGACAAGCGACAAUAAGUAAAAAAAAAAAGUAGGGUAAGAACAAGAUGACGUUUUCUGCAAGGUGAGUAUACAAAAUCAGUGGGAAGGUGGGGUCUUAUGUAGGGAUUGAUGAGACACAACAGGCUUCACCCAGCACCACAAUUUAUGUAGCUUUACAGUAGUACAAAUGAUGGGCACCACACUAUGCACUGCAACAGCACUGUGGAGGCCUUGCUUAUCCUCUGCUCAUCUUCCUGUAUCUACAAUCAUUUCACACUGGAAUAUGAAUGGUCACAGAGACAGCCAGACUAUCUCAGCUUGGGCAUUGCACCAGAUCUGGGGCUUGUUUGGCUUUUACAUCUUGAUGGUCAUGUAGCCCUCUCUGAGAUGUAUUUCUUUAUUUUAGUUUUUUUUUUCUGAGACAGAGUCUCGCUCUGUCGCCCAGGCUGGAGUGCAGUGGUGCAAUCUCGGCUUACUGCAAGCUCCGCCUCCUGGGUUCACGCCAUUCUCCUGCCUCAGCCUCCCGAGUAGCUGGGACUACAGGCACCCACCACCAUGCCCAGCUAAUUUUUUGUAUUUUUAGUAGAGACAGGUUUUCACCAUGUUAGCCAGGAUGGUCUCGAUCUCCUGACCUCGUGAUCCUUCCGCCUCGGCCUCCCAAAUUGCUGGGAUUACGGGCAUGAGCCACCGCGCCUGGCCUAUGAGAUGUAUUUCUAUCUAUCAUUUUUCUGUGCAGCUGCCUCUUGUCAAUUACUAGCAAUUGCUGGUUAUCCAGUUACUAGUUAACAAAUCAACAAAGAGGUGCAGCAUGCUGGUUCACUAUAUAGCCGGAUCCUAGUUUAUCAUAGAUCGGGUAUGCUGUACAUUCUUUGAAUUACUGUUGCGUGAAAUAAAACUGAGAGUCAAGUCCUCAGGUUUUCUUGAGGCUGAAAAAAAGAUUAUACUUCAUCUGUUAAUUCUUUCCUCCCAGUUUACCUCUGACUUUUGUCAAUACUUCUUUGCCAUAUGUUCCUUGGGCAUUUAAAAGAUAAUUAUAUAUAUUAAUUGACAAAUAAUAAUUGUAUAUAUUUAUGUGGUACAAUGUGAUGUUUUGAUCUAUGUAUACAUUGUAGAAAGGUUAAAUCAGCUAAUUACCAUAUCUAACAUUUCAUCUACUUAUGAUUUAAAAAAUAAUUCUUGGCCGUGCAUGGUGGCUCAUGCCUGUAAUUCUCAGCAAUUUGCGAGGCUGAGAUGGGCAGAUCACUUGACACCAGGAGUUUGAGACCAGCCUAGGCAACAUGGCGAAACUCCGUCUCUACUAAAAAUACAAAAAUUAGCUGUGCUUGGUGGUGCACACCUGUAGUCCCAGCUACUAGGGUGGCUGAGGCACGCAAAUCACUUGGACCUGGAAGGUGGAGGUUGCAGUGAGCCAGGAUUGCACUUCUGCACUCCAGCCUGGGUGACAGAGCAAGACACUGUCUCAAAAAGAAAUCUUUAAAAAGUUUUAUUUAAUUGUAAUUGACAAAUAAUAAACACAUAUAUUUGUGAGGGUAUAAUGUGAUGUUUCUACACACGUACACAUUAUGUAAUGAUCAAGUCAAGCUAAUUAUCAUAUAAUCACCUCAAAUGCUUAUCAUUUCUUUGUGGUGAGAACAUCUAAAAUCUACUCUUUCAGCCAUUUUGAAAUCUAUAAUACGUUGGUGUUCACUAUAGUCAUCAUACUGUGCAACAAAUCCCGGAACCAAUCCUCCUGUUGAACGGAAACUAUGUACCCUUUAAGCUGUGUUUUGCUUUUCCCUGUCCAUUCCCCCAUCCCCCUCCUCUGCUAACCACUGUUCUACUCUUUACUUCUAUGAAUUUGACUGUUUUAGAUUUCACAUAUAAGUGAGAUCAUGUGGUACCUGUUUUUCUGUGCCUGGCUUAUUUCACUUAAUAUAAUGUCUCCUAGAUUCACCCAUGUUGUCACAAAUGACAAAAUCACCUAGUUUAGAAAGUAAUCCUUAAUGUAGUACCUUCUACAACAUUUUGUGCACAAAAAUACAUUUUAAAACUGCAACCAUGAGGACCAUAUUAUUCAAUGAGCAGUUGGAAUUCUUUCCCAAGAAUCACAUUGAGCCAUGAGUAUAUUUACUUAAAAAUUUCUGAUAUAUCUUUUUUAGUUGGACUAUCCUCUCUCUUCCCUUUUUCUCCACUAUCACCUGCAUUAUUAUUAUUAUUAUUAUUAUUUUGAGAUGGAGUUUCGCUCUUGUUACCCAGGCUGGAGUGCAAUGGCGCGAUCUCAGCUCACUGCAACCUACACCACCCGGGUUCAAGUGAUUCUCCUGCCUCGGCCUCGUGAGUAGCUGGGAUUACAGGCAUGUGCCACCAAGCCCAGCUAAUUUUGUAUUUUUAGUAGAGAUGGGGUUUCUCCAUGUUGGUCAGGCUGGUCUCCAAUUCCCAACCUCAGGUGAUCCUCCAGCUUUGGCCUCCCAAAGUGCUGGGAUUACAGGCAUGAGCCACCACGCCUGGCCUCACCUGCAUUUUUACAGGCUUCAACAGAGGUGUUGAGCUGCAUAUAUCACUUUUUUAAAGCUAAAUUUACUUCUUUGUUUGGCCAAUAGAUCUCCAUGAGUAUUGCAUCAACUGGAAGUUUUAGUUUGACUUCUCAAAAUACCUUUUUAUUCUGGCAACCAUUUUCAUUUAUUUUUUAUAAAGUAGCCUACAAAUUCUUUAUUACCUAUAGCAGAAAGAUUAAACAGUGUUCAGGACAUUAAUAUAAUCAUGUCAAUUUCCUAACCUUCUCAGCAAAAAUACCAUUUUCUCAUACACAUUUCCCAUAACUGGUGUAAUUACUGGAGGUCAUUGCUCAGUAAAGUCUAGGUUCCCUCUGGUCUGGGGGCAUAAUUACACUUCACCCACCAAGGAAUAAUUUUUUUUUUCUUCGAGACGGAGUCUCGCUCUGUCGCCCAGGCUGGAGUACAGUAGUGUGGUGUUGGUUCACUGCAAGCUCCGCCUCCCGGGUUCACGCCAUUCUCCUGCCUCAGCCUCCCGAGUAGCUGGGACUACAGGUGCCUGCCACCACGCCCGGCUAAUUUUUUGUAUUUUUAGUAGAGACAGGGUUUCACCGUGUUAGCCAGGAUGGUCUUGAUCUCCUGACCUUGUGAUCCACCUGCCUCAGCCUCCCAAAGUGCUGGGAUUACAGGCGUGAGUCACCGCGCCCAGCCCAAGGAAUAAGUAUUACAGUAACUCAGGUUCCAGGUAUCACUGUGGAGCACUGCCCAUCUGUCUAUAAUUGGUAGAGUUUGAGCCAGUUAAGGAUCAACUUUGGGUCAUCCAAGGUAAUACCAAUUGUAUCACAGAGUCAAAACUCCUUUCAACUUUUUGACACUGUUGCUCUGAGGGAGUAGCAGUAAAUGGCAUGCUUACCAGUCAUCUUGCCAUAUGCCAUAGGUUAGGUUGGCCAUAGUGUUCCCAUAAACAUACCUCCUCUUGCUUGCACCUGCAGCACAACUGCUAUUUAAAUGUAUCAGGUGCUGUUGCUGUUGACAUGGCAAUUGUUCCUUCCUUGGUGAGCAUGUGGAUUCUUGCCCAGAGUUAUUGACAAGCAAGAUGCUGAGUGAGUUGGGUAACAUGCAUAGUCCAUUCAAAUGCUGUGAUAUGGUUUGGAUAUUUGUCCUGCUCAAAUCUCAUGCUGAAAUGAAAUCCCAUGGGGAUUGGAGGUGGGGCCUGAUGGGAGGUGUUUGGGUCAUGGGGGUGUGUUCUCCUGAAUUUGGUUGUUUAAAAAUUGUGUGGUGGCUGGACACAGUGGCUCACGCCUGUAAUCUCAGCACUUUGGGAGGCCGAAGCUGGCGGAUCACCUGAGGUCAGGAGUUCAAGACCAGCCUGACCAACAUGGUGAAACCCCAUCUCUACUAAAAAUACAAAAUUAGCUGGGCGUGGUGGCGCGUGCCUGUAAUCCCAGCUACUCAGGAGGCUGAGCCAGGAGAAUUGCUUGAACCCGGGAGGCAGAGGUUGCAGUGAGCCGAGAUCACGCCAUUGCACUCCAGACUGGGCAACAAGAGCAAAGCUUCGUUUCAAAAAAAAAAAAAAAAAAAAAAAGGGUGUGGCACCUGCCCAUAUCCCCGCCUUCCUCCUGCCCUUUUCAUGUGACCUGCCUGCUCCAGCUUUGCCUUCCACUAUGAGUAAAACUCCCCGAGGCCUCCCUGGAAGGUGAGCAGGUGCUGGUGUCAUGCUUGUGCAGUCUGCAGAACCAUGAGCCAAUUAAACCUCUUUUCUUUAUAAAUUACCCAGUCUCAGGUAUUCCUUUACAGCCAUGCAAGAAUGGCCUCGCACAUUGCUUCAUCAUAUUUCUGGGCCAAAUGCAAGUUCAGUGAGUUUCCUGGAAGAGAACUCCCCCUAGUGACCAUUUAGACCACAAGCAUGAGUCUCCAGAAAAGUCAUUUCCACUUGCCAUGCUUAACCAAGUUCCCAACCUCCUAAGUCCCUCUUAGUACUCUGGACCGAUGCAGGGUCUGUGAUCACAAGUGUUGCAGCCAUGAGUACUUGUGAUACAAGACUAAUUCAAGUACACUACAUGCAUCUAAAAAGUACUGUGUCCCUCAAGAGAUUGUAGGGUUAUCAUACUCAGUUCCCAGGGGCCGUUCAGUUCAAGUAUCCCAAAGGCUUCCCAUAAUCAUUGUAUUGGAAAUUCCAGGGUGAGAUCAUCAUUGGUAUGUGACAACCAGGUCAUGUCAAUAUUCCCCUCUCAGACAUCAUUGUGAUUUUUUGAAUGCCUGCCUGUAUUGUUUUCCAAACACAUUAGCAUAUGCUGUAGUUAAAAGGGCAAACUAGACUCCAAUAUACUAGGCAGACAACUGCAAUGAUGUCUCCCUCAUACCCAGGUAUUUGCUUUAACAAUGGGGUGUCAUCUUGGGUUACAACAACAUGAUGCAGAGCUGUUAGUUGACAGUCACAGUAUGUUCAGUGAGGUUCAAAGGCAGGAAUCCUCUUAGUGCUACAGCGAAUCAGCAUGAUACACAUAAGAACAAAAUGUGACUAAAACAGUAAUCCCAACCUACUGUUGCUUAGGCAGGUCAUCAAAGAACUCUGAUGUCUUCUCUCCAAAUCUUGUACAUAAUGUCUCAGGUAAUUGUUGCCAUGUGGCUUCGGUCCAAUCCUCCUUAUUAAGGGGAAAUAAAUCUUGGGGUAUUUCCUUGUAUGGGCUAUGAUCAUACAAGCACCACAUAUGAGAGAAACAGCUAAGAAUAUUGUUCUCCUGCUCCUGAGAUAAAAAUGACAACUCCCAGUGGCCGGGUGCAGUGGCUCACGCCUGUAAUCCCAGCACUUUGGGAGGCCGAGGUGGGUGGAUCAUUUGAGGCCAGGAGUUUGAGACCAGCCUGGCAAUAUAGUGAAACCCCAUCUCUACUAAAAAUACAAAAAAUUAGUCAGGUGCGGUGGCAUCUGUCUGUAGUCCCAGCUACUCAGGAAGCUGAGGUAUGUGAAUUGCUUGAACCUUCUAGGCUGAGGUUGCAGCGAGCUGAGAUCAUGCCACUGCACUCCAGCCUGGGUGACAGAGUGAGACUCGAUCUAAAAAAAAAAAAAAAAAAAAAAGUCACCUUCCUUUCCAGGUAUUAUUUCCCAUUUUAUGAUCUCUUUCCAUUUAUUACCUGUCUUGAUCCAGACUGGGCUUCUCUGGGUAGGCAUCUCUGGUUCAGCUAUCCUGCCCUCUACAGGCAUGUAGCAGGUGAGGCUUUCCAGAACUGCUUCUUGUGUCCAUUACCAGGUAGAAGGCAUAGGGCUAGAAAGGCAAAGGAAGAUGGGAAUGUCUCACAGGGGAGGGGCGCAUCACCUAUGGUCAGCCGUCAUGAGAUGAAGUCACUAUCCAUUUCAUUAUUUGUUUAGGAAUAUGCACAGUCAAGUUAUUUAUUUGUUUAACUUUAGGUUUCUUUUUAAAUAAAACAAAUUUGCCUCCAGCAAACACUAAACUGCUUCUGCCUCUAUAAAGUUGUCAGUUUUGGAUAUUUUAUACAAAUGAAACACAAAAAAAGGCAAGCCUUUUAUGUCUGGCUUCUUUCACUUUACAUAAUGUUUUCAAGGUUCAUUCAUGUUUAGCCUGUACUAGUACUUCAUUCCUAUUUAUGGCUGAGUAAUAUUUCAUUAUAUGAAGAUGCCACAUUUUGUUUAUACAUGCAUCCAUUGAUGAACAUUUGUGUUGUUUCCACCUUUUGGCUAUUGUUAGUAGUGCUGGUAUGAACAUUUGGAUGCAAGUUUUUGUUUGAAUACCUAUUUUCAAUUGUUUUAGGUAUACAUCUAGGGGUAGAGUUGCUAGGUCAUCUUGUAUCUUUGUUUAACUGAUUGAGGAAUAAACUAUUGUCCACACUGUCCAUACCAUUUUACAUUCCCAAUAACAGUGUAUGAGUGUUUUAAUUUAUUUGAACUAUUUGUUUAUCAUUUUGUUGAUAGCCAUGAUAAGGGGUAUGAAGUGAUAUUUUAUUGUCAUUGUGUCUUGCAUUUCCAUAAUGGCAAAUGACACUGAGCAUCUUCUAUGUGCUUGUUGGCCAUUUACAUAUUUUCUUUGGAGGGAUGCCUAUUCAUGUUCUUUGCCCAUUAAAACAUUUUUUUCCCUUCGUCUUUUGUUGUUGAGUUAUAAGAGCUCUUUAUAUAUUCUGGAUAAGAUAUCCUUAUCAGACAUACGGUUUACAAAUAUUUUCUUCCAUUUUGUGAAUUGUGUUUUCACUCUCACAAUGUUGUCUUUUGAUGUAAAAAAGAUUUUAAUUUUGAUAACGUUCACUUUAUUUUUUUCUUUUGUUGCUUGUGUUUUUGGUGUCAUGUCUAUGAAACUUGGACAAAUUCAAGGUGAUAAAGAUUUAUUCGUUUUUUUCUAAAAAUUUUAUAGUUUUAGCUCUUAUAUUUAGGUUUUUAGUUGAUUUUGAGUUUUGUAUAUCCUAUGAAGUAAGGGCUCAACUUUAUUCCUUUCUAUGUGUCUAUCCAAUCGCCCCAGCACCAUUUGUUGAAGAGACUAUUCUUUCUCCAUUGAAUGGUCUUAGCACCCAGGUUAAAAAUCAAUUGACCAUACAUAUAUGAGUUUAUUUCUGAACUCUCAAUUCCAUUCAAUUGAUCUAGUUAUUUAUCCUUAUGCUAGUAGCAUACAUUUUUUUAUGACGGCAGUUUUGUAGUAUAUUUUGAAGUCAGGAAGUAUAAAUCCUCCAAAUUUGUUCUUAUUUUUCAAGAUUGUUUUGACUAGGGAGGAAGAGUCUGGGGAUGGAGAUGAAUGGGGAAUAAUGGCUGUAAUAAGCUCUUGCAUAUAACAAAGUUCUAGAGGGCUAUGUGCGCACUCAGGAAUAAACACGUGCCUAGAAAGAUUGGAAGAGAUCCUAUGCUUUUAGCUCUGGCUAAUCUCUAGGAUCCAUGUAAGCAGUAAGUGAAGGGAUAAGGCAGAGCUGUAAAUUACCUAGCUAACUAUGGAAGGAGUGCCCUAACGCAGAGACAAUCUGCCAAGACAGGGGAACAGUUUUUCUCUUUUUCUUAUUUUAUCUUAUCUUAUUCUUUAAUUUUCUUUUCUUUUCUUUUUGGAUCCAGGAAGCUAGGAGAAUCAUGGUUAAAUCACUAGCUGACCAUUAAGCUAACAGAACCUUCAGGGAACACACACACAAAAGAAUACAGUCUUUAUAAAAGUAGUUUAGAAAAGUCACUAAUCCAACAUCAGUGAUCAUUAGAGAAAUGCAAAUCAAAACCACAAUGAGACACCAUCUCAUGCCAGUCAGAGUGGUGAUUAUUAAAAAGUCAAGAAACAACAGAUGCUGAUGAGGCUGUGGAGAAAUAGGAACACUUUACAUUGUUGCUGGGAAUGUAAAUUAGUUCAACCAUUGUGGAAGACAGUGUGGCAAUUCCUCAAAGAGCUAGAACCAGAAAUAUCAUUUGGAUCAGCAAUCCCAUUACUGGAUGUAUAACCAAAGGAAUAUAAAUUGUUCUAUUAUAAAGAUACAUGCGUGUGUAUGUCCAUUGCAGCACUACUCACAAUAGCAAAGACAUGUAAUCAACCCAGAUGCUCAUCAGUGAUAGACUCAAUAACAAAAAUGCGGUAAGUAUACACCAUGCAAUACUAUGCAGCCAUAAAAAGGAAUGAGAUCAUGUCCUUUGCAGGGACAUGGGUGGAGCUGGAAGCCAAUCUUCAGCAAACUAACACAGGAACAGAAAACCAAAUACCGCAUGUUCUUACUUAUAAGUGGGAGCUGAACAAAGAGAAUACAUGGACACAGGGAGGGAACAACACACACUGGGGCCUCUCAGGGCAGGGGCAGGGGAAGGGAGAGCAUCAAGAUAAACAGCUAAUGUACAUAAGGCUUAAUACCUAGGUGAGGGGUUGAUUGAUAGGUGCAACAAACCACCAUGGCACACGUUUGCCUAUGUAACAAACCUGCACAUGUAUCCUGGAACUUAAAAUAAGACAAAAUUUAAAAAAGAAAAAUCACUAAUCAAAGAAACUACUACUACCCACAAUGAGCAGCAACAAUAAACCCUGGAAAUGGAGGAGAAUUUGAUUUCUAGAGUUAGCACAUUAUAAUAUGAAAAACAUUCAGUUUUAAAUAAAAAUUACGAGGUGUGCAAAAAAAAAAGUUCUCAAACAAGAAACUAUGGCCCAUUCAUGGGAAAAAAAUCAACAGGAAUUGUCCUGAAAGAAGCCCAGAUAUUGGACUUACUAGUGAAAGAUUUUAAGUCAACUUUAAAAAAUAUGAGCAAAGAACUAAGGAAAUCAUGGACGAAGAACUAGAGGAAACUAUGAGAACAAUGUAUUACCAAACAAUAUUAAUAAAGGGACGGGAAUUAGAAAAAAACACCAAAUAGAAAUUUUAUAUUAUAGGUAAAUGGUGCAUUUUUUGUUCGCGACUUAUUAGUCUAAUGCAACUUCUAACACCUACCCCUUUAAAAAGAAUUGUAAAACCACAAAAUACUCUAUCUCUAUUAAACCCUUUCCUAUAAUUUUUGUUGUUUUCAUACAUUUUUAAUUUUUCUUAUACUUAAGACUGCACAAUACAUAACCAUAAUUGUGCAGUCAGCAUUCAUUUUUUGCCGUGUUUAAUAUUUUUGUUUUUCUUCAUUUUUUUUAGAUCUCCUUGUUUCUGCUGGGACAUUUUCCCCUUUGUCUGAUGAAAUUUCUUUAAUAUUUGUUUUAGGAUAGGUGUGUUGAAUAAAUGUCUUAAUUUGUCUUUAUUUGGAAGGAUAUUUUCAGUGCUUUUAGUGUCCACAAUUUGUAGUUAUAGUUUUUAUUCUCUUAAAAUGUUAUUCCCUUGUCUUUGGGAUUCAUGUUGAAACGUGUCAGUUGUCAGGAAUGAAUGUUUGAAAGGAAUCUGUUUUUCUUUUAACUACUUUAAUGAUUUUUCUUUGUCUUUGGUUUUUACUAGUUGAAUUGUGGUGUGCUAAAGUCUAGUUUUCUGUAUAUUUAUUUUGAUGGGUUCAAAAAGUUUUUUAUGGGGUGUAUUCUCACGGUGCUAAUAAGACAUACCUAAGACUGGGUAAUUUAUAAAGAAAAAGAGGUUUAAUUGACUCACAGUUCCACAUAGCUGGGGAGGCUUCACAAUCGUGGUGGAAGGCAAAGGAGAAGCCAAGGCACGUUGUACGUGGCAGCAGGCAAGAGAGCAUGUGCAGGGGAACUGCCCUUUAUAAAACCAUCAUAUCUCGUGAGACUUAUUCACUAUCACGAGAACAGCAUGGGAAAGACUCCCCACCCCAAUUCUAUCACCUCCCACUGGGUCCCACCCAUGACAUGUAGGAAUUAUGGGAGCUACAAUUCAAAAUGAGAUUUGGGUGGGUACACAGCCAAACCAUAUCAUGGGGGGUGUUGCUUUUGUCAGUUUUUGGAAAACUGUCAGCCAUUGUCUCAUGAAGUAUUACUCCUAAACUGCUUUUUUUUUCUUUUCUCUUUCUGAACUUCAAUUACAUAUAUUUUUUGUCUUUUGAAUAUGUUCCAACAUCUCGUAUGCUCUUUUUCUCAUUUUUCAUUCUUAUUUCUCACCAUGCUUCAAUUUAUCUGUCUCUUUUCAUCCUCCUUACCCUUUGCACUAUUCUACUCUCUACCUCCAUGAGGUCAAAUUUUCAAACUUCUCCAUAUGAGUGAGAAGAUGCAAUAUUUGUCUUUCUGUGCCUGGAUUAUUUCACUUAACACAAUAUCCUCCAGGCUCAUUCAUGUUGCUGCAAAUGACAGAAUUUCAUUCUUUUUUAUGGCUAAAUGAUGUUCCAAAUUUUCUUUAUCCAUUUGUCUGUUGAUGGACACUUAGAUUGAUUCCAUAUUUUGGCUACUGUGAAUGGUGCUGCAAUAAACAUGGGAGGAUAGACAUCUUUUUGUCAUCCUGAUUUCUUUUAUUUUGGAUAUAUACCUAGCAAUAAGAUUGCUAGAUCAUAUGACAUUUCAGUUUUUAGUUUUUUGAGGAAUUUACAUAUGUUUCUACAACAAGGUUUAUUACUAGACAUUCUAUAGAAUUGCAAUAAUUCCGAUAAGAUGCUCUUGAAAGGACACUUGCCCAGUAAUGGCAUCUUCACCAAUGAACCAGUGAUGACUCUAUCUUUGAUCCUCUGAAACCAGUGAACUCUGUUUCUAAGCAGCUUAGAUGAAUCUUUCCCUUUUUAACCAAUAAAAGCUUCCCUUUAUGCUUCCCUCUUUGGAUGCACCAGUUCAUGCACCGCUGGUUGUAAUCCUCAUUUCUCAUUUCUGAAUGAACUCAAUGUAGUUGGACAUUUCUUUAAUGUCAGAGAGAUGUCGGUACUCUUUUAAAAAAUUUGAAUAAGUUUUUGGGGGAAUUGGUGGUGUUUUGUUACAUGAAUAUUUUCUUUAAUGGUGAUUUCUGAGAUUUUGAUGCACCUAUUACCUGAACAGUGUACAUUGUACUCAAUGUGUGGUCUUUGCUCCCUUCCACCCCUCCCACCCUUCCCUUGAGUCCCCAAAGUGUAUUGAAUUAGAUUGGUGCAAAAAUAAUUGCGGGUUUUGCCAUUAAAAGGGGCUUUUAAUGGCAAAUAAUGGUAAAACCCAUACUUAUUUUUGCACCAACCUAAUAUUAUUCUUAUGCCUUUGCAUCCUCAUAACUUAGCUCCCACUUAUGAGUGACAACAUACGAUGUUUGGUUUUCCAUUCCUAAGUUACUUCAGUUAGAAUAAUGAUCUCCAAUUCCAUCCAGGUUGCUGCAAAUGCCAUUAUUUCAUUCCUUUUUAUGGCUGAGCAGUAUUCCAUGGUAUGUAUAUAUGUGUGUGUGUAUAUAUAUAUACACACACACAUAUAUACAUAUUAUAUGGGUAUUUAAGUCCUCGAUGUAUAUAUGUGUUCACGUCCUUGAUUCAUCUUGAGUUGAUUUUUGUAUAAGGUGAGAGAUGAGGAUCUAGCUUCAUUUUUCUACAUGUGGCUUGCCAAUGAUCCCAGCAUGAUUUGUUGAAUAGGGUGUCCUUUCCUCACUUUAUGUUUUUGUUUCCUUUGUGAAAGAUUGGUUGACUGUAAAUAUUUGGCUUUAUUUCUGGGUUCUCUAUUGUUUCCUUGGUCUAUAUGCCUGUUUUUAUACCAGUACCAUACUGUUUUGGUGACUAUGGCCUUAUAGUAUAGUUUGAAGUCAGGUAAUGUAAUGCCUCCAGAUUUGUUCUUUUUGCUUAGCUUUGCUUUGGCUAUGUGUGUUCUUUUUUUGGUUCCAUAUGAAUUUUAGGAUUGUUUUAUCUAGUUCUGUAAAGAAUGAUGGUGUUAUUUUAAUGGAAAUUGCAUUGAAUUUGUAGAUUGCUUUGGGCAGUAUGGUCAUUUUCACAAUAUUGAUUCUCAUGAACAUGGGAUGUGUUUCCAUUUAUUUGUGUCAUCUAUGAUUUCUUUCAGCAGGGUUUUGUAGUUUUCGUUGUAGAGGUCUUUCACGUCCUCGCUUAGGUAUAUUCCUAAGUAUUUUAUUAAUUUGUUUAUUUUGCAGCUAUUGUAAAAGAGGUUGAGUUCUUGAUUUGAUUCUCAGCUGGUCCCUCUUGGUGUAUAACAGGGCUACUGAUUUAUGUACAUUAAUUUUCCAUCCUGAAACUUUGCUGAAUUUAUUUACCAGUUCUAGGAGCUUUUUUGAUGGGUCUUUAGGGUUUUCUAGGUAUACAAUCAUAUCAUCAGCAAACAGUGAUAGUUUGACUUCCUCUUUACUGAUUUGGAUGCCCUUUAUUUCUUUCUCUUGUCUGAUUGCUCUGGCUAGGACUUCCAGUACUAUGUUGAAUAGAAGUGGUGAAAGUGGGCAUCCUUGUUUUGUUCCAGUUCUCAGGUGGAAUGCUUUCAGCUUUGCCCCAUUCCGUGUAAUGUUGGUUGUGGGUUUGUCUUAGAUGACUUUUAUUACCUUAAGGUAUGUCCCUUGUGUUUCGAUUUUGCUGAGGUUUUAAUCAUAAAGGGAUACUAGAUUUUUGUCAAAUGCUUUUUGUACAUCUAUUGAGAUAAUCAUGUUAUUAUCUUAUCUUUUGUAUUUUUUUGUUUCAAUUUCAUUUAGUUCUGCUCUGAUCUUGGUUAUUUCUUUUCUUCUGCUGGGUUUAGGUUUGGAUUGUUAUUGUUUCUCCAGUUACAUGAGGUGUGACCUUAGAUUGCCUAUUUGUGCUCUUUUAGACUUUUUGAUGUAGGCAUUUAAUGCUAUAAAUGCUCCUUUUGUCACUGCUUUGCUGUUUCCCUGAGGGUUUGAUAGAUUUUGUCAUAUUAUCAUUUAGUUCAAAGAAUUUUUAAAUUUCCACCUUGAUUUCAUUGUUGACCAAAUGAUCAUUCAGGAGUGGGUUAUUUAAUUACCAUGUAUUUGCAUGGUUUUGAGGAUUUCUUUUGGAGUUGAUUUCCAAUUUUAUUCCACUGUGGUUUGAGAGAGUACUUGUUAUAAUUUCAAUUUUCUUAAAUCUACUGAGACUUGUUUUGUGGUCUAUCAUAUGGUCUUUCUUGGAGAAUGUUCCAUAUGCUGAUGAAUAGAAUAUAUAUUCUGCAGUUAUUGGGUAGAAUGUUCUGUAAAUAUGUGUUAAGUCCAUUUGAUCUCGGGUAUAGUUUAAGUCCAUUGUUUUUUUGCUAACUUUCUGUCUUGAUGACCUGUCUAGUGCUGCCAGUAGAGUGUUAAAUUCCCCCACUAUUACUGUGUUGCCAUCUAUCUAAUUCCUUAGGUCUAGUAGUAAUUGUUUUAUACAUUUGGGAGCUCUAGUGUUAGGUGCAUAUAUAUGUGGAAUUGUCAUUUUCCUGUUGGAUUAGUCCUUUUAUCAUUAUAUAAUGUCCUUCUUUGCCUUUUUAACUGUUGUUGCUUUAAAGUUUGUUUUAUUUGACAUAAAAAUAGCUACUCUUGCUUGCUUUUGGCGUCCAUUUGCAUGGAAUAGCUUUUUCCAUCCCUUUACCUUAAGUGUAUGUGAGUCCUUAUGUGACAGAUGAGUCUCUUGAAGACAGAAGAUACUUGGCUGGUGAAUUCCUAUCCGUUCUGCCAUUCUGUAUCUUUUAAGUGGAACAUUUAGACUAUUUACAUUCAACAUUAGUAUUGAGAUGUGAGAUGCUAUUCUAUUCAUCAUUCUAUUUGUUGCAUGAAAUCCUUGUUUUUGUUUUUCAUUGUUUUGUUGUUUAAUAGGUCCUGUGAGAUUUAUGCUUUAAGGAGAUUCUAUUUUGGUGUAUUUUUAGAAUUUGUUUUAAGAUUUGAGCUACUUUUAGUAGUUCUUGUAGUGUUGGCUUGGUAGUGGUGAAUUCUCUUAGCAUUUGUUUGUUUGAAAAAGACUGUAUUUUUCCUUCAUUUAUGAAUCUUAGUUUCACUGGAUACUAAAUUCUUGGCUGAUAAUUGUUUUGUUUAUGGAGGCUAAAAAUAGGACCCCAAACUCUUCUAGCUUGUAGGGUUUCUUCUGAGAAAUCUGCUCUGUUAGUCUGAUAGGUUUUCCUUUAUAGAUUACAUGAUGCUUUUGCCUCGCAGCUCUUAAGAUUCUUUCCUUCGUCUUGACCUUAGAUAACCUCAUGACUAUGUACCAAGGCAAUGAUCUUUUUGCAAUGCAUUUCCCAGUGUUCUUUGAGCUUCUUGUAUUUAGAUGUCUAGAUCUCUAGCAAAGCUGGGGAAUUUUUCCUCAAUUAUUCUCUCAAAUAUAUUUUCCAAACUUUUAGAUUUCUCUUCUGUCUUGGGAACACCAAUUAUUCUUAGCUUUGGCUAUUUAACAUAACCCCAAACUUCUUGGAGGCUUUGUUCAUUUUUUAAAUUCUUUUUUCUUUGUCUUUGUAGGAGUGGGUUUAUUCAAAACCCUUGUCUUUGAGCUCUGAUUUUCUUUCUUCUACUUAUUCGAUUGUAUUGCUGAGAAUUUCCAGUGCAUUUUGCAUUUCUCUUAAGUGUGUCCUUCAUUUUCAGAAGUUGUGAUUAUUUUUUAUUUAUGCUAUCUAUUUCACUAGAGAUUUUUCCAUUCAUAUCCUGUAUCUUUUUUUUUUAUUUCUUUAAGUUGGACUGCAUCUUUCUCUGGUGCCUCCCUGAUUGGCUUAAUAGCUGAUCUUCUGAAUUCUUUUUCUGGCACUUCAGAGAUUUCACCUUGGUUUGGAUCCAUUGCUGGUGAGCUAGUGUGAUCUUUUGGGGGUAUUAAAGAACCUUGUUUUGUCAUAUUGUCAGCACUGUUUUUCUGGUUCCUUCUCAUUUGGGUAGACUAUGUCAGAGGGAAGUUUGGAACUCAAGGGCUGCUGUUCAGAUUCCUUUGUCCCACAGGGUUGCUCCCUUGAUGUGGUUCUCUCUCCUUUCCCCCUGAGAUAGAGCCUCCUGAGAGCCAAACUGCAGUGACUGUUGUUUCUCUUCUCAAUCUAGCCACCCAGUGAAGCUGCUGGGCUCUGGGCUGGUACGGGGGAGUGUCUGCAGAGUCCUGUGAUGUGAUCCCUCUUCAGGUCUCUCAGCCACGGAUACCAGCACCUACUCCAAUGGAGGUAGCAGGGGAGUGAAGUGGACUCUGUGAGGGUCCUUGGUUGUAUUUUUGUUAAGUGUGCUGGUUUUGUGUGGACCUCCAGCCAGGAGGUGGCGCUUUCAAGAGCACAUGAGCUAUAUUAGCACAUCAGCACAUCAGUAUAGGGAAGAUUAGGCAGUGGGUGGGGCCAUAGGGCUCUCAAGGGAUUAUGUCCUUUGUCUUUAGCUACCAGGUCAGCUAGAGAAAGACCAUCAGGUAGGGGCAGGGUUAGGCAUGUCUGAGCUCAGGCUCACCUUUCGUGAAGCUUGCUGUGGCUGCUGUCGGGGCUGGGAGUGUGGUUCCCAGGCCAAUGGAGUUAUGUUCCCAGGGGAAUUGUGGUUGCUUCUGCUGUGUCACACAGGUCACUAGGGAAGUGGGGGAAAGCCGGCAGUCACAGGUCUCACCCAGAUCCCAUGUAGCCCACAGCCUGAAAGGCUGGUCUCACUCCCAAGGUAGUCCCCCGCCCCCACCGCCCGCCAGCAGCAGCGAGUUUAUUUCUAGGUAGCCGGUGAGCAGGGCUGAGAAUGUUCUGCAGGCUCCAAGCCUCUCAGCUGAGAAAGCAAGCAAACUCACAGUUCCUCAGUUGUCCCACAGAGCCUGCAGCAGCAAUCCACCUCCCUCAAAGGGUCUGUGGAUUCUUUCAGCUUUCCUGGUAUGUUCUUGUGGCAGUUCUUAGAGCAAAAGUUCAUGGUGUGUGUCUACACAUGCCACUCUGUCCGUCCUAGUGGGGGCUGCAAGUUAGUUUUGCCUCCUAUCCACCAUUUUCCCUCUAUUGGAAGUACACUUGAAGUGAGAGUACCUUUGGAAAAGAUUGGUGACUCUUGGAACUGGGUGAGGAACUGGGUAGGUAACCACAAUUGAGCCCUUGGCAAUCUAAGCUUCCAUGGAUCAUCUUUCUUCUGCCCAGGUAAAUCAUCUCUCAGAUUGCGUUCCCUCCCUUUGGUAGCAGCUCCCUGUUGACUUAUUCAGGAUCUGAUUGGGUUAAGAUGCCUUGCAUCCUUUUUGGGACUAUAUAAGACUUUUUGUCUUUUUUGGAAAGUUAUUUCUUUUAGAAAGACAGUUUGUCUUUCUGGUCCUGGUAAAUGCACUUUUGGUUUCAGUUUUGUUCUGACUUGUUUGUGUAUGCUUAUACUUUCAUUUGUUGCUUGAUUCUUUUCUUCCUCUAUUUCUAAACAUCUUUUGAAAGAAAAAUUUACUUUCUCAAAAGGUAGGCACGAGUUGGCCGUUUAAAAGCCAUUAGGGCAAUUGCCACCAUUCUAUGAGGGAUGUCAGUAUCCGAAGAAAAAAAAUCUCUUGUCAGGAUAAACUAGCGCACAAACAGCCAAAUUACCACUAGGGGGCCUGCCAGUCUCAAGAAAAAUUUUGCGCGUCUGGGGAAAACUUGCUCGUGGGACAGGCAAUGAGAGUGCAGAUUGCUUGCCAAGUAAAACAAAAAUCCGGUGCCAGGCACACUGUAAAACAAAACACCAGUCCAAACGCCUAUCAUUCCCUGACAGGGCUCUGCUCUUCGGGCUUUUCUUUUGCUCUCAAGAGAUUAAUAAGCAGAAUGGGAUCCCAAAAUCCUAAAGCACGUAAUUAUAAUCCUCCUGGGACCCCUGCAGGCUCUAUGUUUUAAAAAUUAUGGUCCUCUGUCUUGUGUACAAUUUUAAAUCAAUAGCUAUAGCACACCAAAACUAAUUUGGAUCCUCAAUGGUCAUACUGGGGGGCAUUUGAGCUCCCCAAACUUGUUUUGUUAGAACAAAAUUAGAAGACUGUGGUCCUAAUAUUAAGCAAUCUGAAUGGGAAACAUACUUUAAUUGGUAUCUCAAAGCUUCUAAGUACAUUCAGGAUUCUACAAUUGCCUCCUUAUGAGAUACCAUGUCAAAAUUAACUGAGACAAACAAAUAGUUAAGGAAGGACAAGGCUUGAGGAUCCCAGACUUGUUCCUCGUUGGAGACCCCCUCUUCUCUUUCCCCUGUUCCUUCUCUCUAUUUCUUCUUUGAGUGAAUUACCUUUCCCUCUGGAUUCCUCAGCUCCCACUACCCCUGAACCUGGUCCUGUUAAAACCUGUCCCUUGAAAGUUAAAUUCACUGAUGAUUCCUCUAAAUCCUAAAUUUCUUUUGUUCCUUGGAGCAAGGCUGAACUUUAAGCCAUUGCCACAGAAUUCCCAAAGGUCAUGGAGACCUUUCAAAUUUGCUGAUAAAAUUAACACAGUAUUAUAAUUUCGACUUAUCAUCCAUGUUUUUCUUACCUAUGCCAGUUGGUUCAUAUACUUUUUGUGAAGGCCAGGCCCAAUAUUGAACGGCCCAGGCUCCUUGAUGUGACCCUGAGAGGGCUUUAGGCAAGAAUACCCCAAAAGACUAUGACAGAGCCUGAAGCACAGUGAGCAAGCAAGUAGACAGACAAACAAAAACAACAAAACUUCAUGAGGCUAUUCUUGAGGCUUUUCCUGAAACCUGAGAUGAAUAAAAUCCAAGACUGUACCCAAAACCUAAUGAACCAGAUUACGACUAUUACAGUUGGCUCCGGGUUGUAUUUGUAGAAAAUUCUGGAUUACCUAUGGAUGCCGAAUCUACUCAAGUAGGCUGUAAUUCUAAGUUUGCAAAUGGCCUUUCUCAAGAACUUUCUCAGCUUGUCAAAAGAGUACAGAUGGAAUGGAAAACUAUGUCCACUUCUGAUUUGGUUAAUCUGGCAAAUCACCUUGCCUGCACCCCUGAGGACAGUACUAAAAACCACUAACAUUCGUAAUCUUCAAUUACAGCAAACUGAGGCUCCCAGACAUAACACUAGGCAGAGACUCCCUGGGCUGUGCCAACGUUCCAGAUGGCUGGAAGAGAGAUUGCUGCAAGAGAAAGGGGGAAUUUCAUUCUCAAUUCCCCCAUCUCCUCUCCCAUCUGAGACCACUUUCAGUGAAGGGGCUCCAAGGACUUAUGGGGGAUUUUCCCACUUCUCCCACUUAAUUUUCUGAGUGAAAUGAUCCUUCAAAUUAGGAGUGUUUGUUUUUUUUUUUGGUGGGGGGACAGAGUUUCUCUCUUAUCUCCCAGGCUAGAGUGCAGUGGUGUGAUCUCGGCACACAGCAACCUCUGCCUCCUGGGUUCAAGCGAUUCUCCUGGCUCAGCCUCCUGAGUAGCUGGGAUUACAGGUGCCCACGACCAUGCCCAGCUAAUUUUUUUGUAUUUUUAGUAGAGACGGGGUUUCACCUUGUUGGGCUUCGAACAACUGAUCUCGAACUCCAGACCUCAUAAGCCACCUGCCUUGGCCUCCCAAAGUGCUGGGAUUACAGGCAUGAGCCACCACAUCCGGCUGGGAGUGUGGUCUUAACUAUGCUCAUUGAUGCCACAGCAAUAUUUUUCAUCCUUAAUCCCCCUAGCCUCAGUCAGCCCCUGCCUCAGAGUAAUAAAAAGAUUACAAAUGGUGAGUUUCCAAAAAGCCACUGACUACUUUUGUUUCACAGCCCAUUUCUUUCCAUCUUGGUCUUCUCUCCAAGACACCCACACCUUUUGCUUGUUAAUUCUGCCCCGCUCCACCACCUUGGAUGUGAUUUUUUUGAAAAAUACCAUGCUAAAAUUUCUUUUUCCCAAAAGGGGGAAAUAAUUUUAGAAUUUGAUAAACUAAACUGUCCUCACUCAACAGACUCCCCCAAUUCUGUCAUUUGUUAUGUCAUUCCCUGUUCAGAAAACAAAAAUAAUGUCACUCAUUUAGUGCUGAAUCAAAUACCUGUCUCUUUAAAGGCAAAAUCUUUCACUGAUAUUUUCAAAAUUCAUGGUGUACCUCUUAUUAAAAUCCAGAUUAGCCUAUUAAAACCCUUGCUUAAUAUUAAACAGCCACUAAACCAGAUGGCACUGCAAGGUAUUAAACUUAUUAUAAAAGAAUAUAAAAAACAGUCUCAUUAUUCUCUGUACCAGUCUUUGGAGUACCCUGAUCCUACCUACUAAAAGACCAAACAACCAUGGGAGGAGGUUUGUUCAGGAACUCUCUCUGAGUUAUAAACCAUAGUAUUAUUACAAAGCACCCAGUGGUUCCAAAUCCCCAUACUGUAUUAAAUCCAAUACCCAUUGAUAGCAGAUUCUUCACCAUCACUGAUCUGUGUAUUACAUUAUUCAUUAUUCCAGGGGAUCAAGCCAACCAAUAUCUUUUUGCCUUCACCUGGGAAGGCCAACAGUUCACCUGGACAUUAACGCCUCAGGGGUUUACUGAAAGUUUUUCCUAUUUUCUCAAAUGUUAAAGGCAGACUUAGAGGAUGUAAUUUUUCUCCAAGGCUCUUGUUUACUACAAUAUGUAGAUGACUUCCUUCUUUGCUGUCCUUCACAGGCAGCCUGUGAAAAAGACAGUGUAUACCUAUUAAAGCAAGUGGCUGCUUAAGGUCAUAAUGCCUGUAAAGAAAAACUGCAGUGAGUAAAAACUCAGGUGAAAUAAUAAAGCCAUUUAAUUUCAGAGAAUGAAUUACAUUUAGAACCAGAACAGAUUCAAGGCAUUUUACAAUUUCCUCAGCCCAAAAGAAAUGCCAACUUUGUGAGUGGGUUUCUUGGACUCACUGGCUACUUUUGAAACUGAAUUCCCAACUUUUCUCUUCUGGCCCAACUCCUGUGUGCUUUACAUAAAUUUACCAAACCUGACCCCAUUACUUGGACAAAAUCAUAAGGGUAAGUUUUUAAAAAGCUAAAGGAGAAAUUGAUAAAUUCUCCAGUUCUAGGUAAUUCUAAUCAUAAACUCUUUUUUUUUUCACUUUGUCUGUGAAAAGGAAGAAAAUACUUCAGGGAUCUUAACCCAAAAGCAUGGAGGUCCACACCAUCCUCCAGGAUACUACAGUUGACAACUGGAUCCCAUCUCCUGUGGAUUCCCUCUCUGCCUAAGAGCAGUCCCCACUGCAUCCUUGUUAGUCAAGGCGACUAAGGAGAUUGUCAUGGGAUUCCUCCCUGACUGUGUUUUUUCCUCAUGCCAUGGAAGCCGUUUUACACACUCAUCACACUUGGCAUUUUUCUGCUAGCUGACUAACCUCCUAUGAACCUCUCCUACUUACUAUUCAUCAUAUUAUUCAAUCAUGCUGCAAUAACCUUAACCCUGUGGCUCUCUGGACCUCUCCAUCAGAUGAAACACCACAUGGCUGCUUAACUCUGACAGACCAGCUUUUAAUUCCUUGGGAGCAAUUCCUGUGGACAAUGCUGAGUUGUCCUGGUUUACAGAUGGCUCACAUUUAAAGAAUGAGUCUGGCAAGUAUUGUGCAGGCUGUGCAGUCGUGACUUCCUUUGAGAUUGUGAAAGCAGCUCAUUUACUAUUAACUACUUCAGCCCAGCAGGCAGAUCUGUUUGCCCUCGCUUGAGCCUGACUCCUUGCUACAGGAAAGACAAUGUUUAUGUAAGCAGCAGGUGAACACUUGGCAGGACAACAGGCAGACAAGGAGCAGCCUGGGCUACACCCUCCUCCAUCCAGCUUGGCAGGGAAGGUUGGGGCAGGGCCUCGCUAGGAGAUAGGGGUUGGAGGGCGAGGCCAGGGGCAGGGUUAGGCAUGGGGACAGCACCACGGUGGGGCCUUCCUGGCUCACUGUCCACUACCAGGUACUGGGAUCCCCAGUUAUUUUAUUGCCUCACCAUGAAAAGAAGUGAAAGCAUUCCCUAAACAUAAUUUCAUCAUUGUCUUUAUCUCUCUCCCGCCACAUUUCUUCUUUUCUAUUGCUCUUUCUCUCACAAAAGCAGGGGAUAUAUAUCAAACUUGCUAAGUGGUUCUAUUGAAGCUUCUUCCAUUAAGCUUGAGAUAAGGAGAAAAACACCCCUCUCCCUGUUAGGAGGAUUUGGGAUUCACUAUGCAGCUUUCUCUGAAAGAAAACUUUACAAGACACUCUCUUACCUCCAGCUCUCAGCUCUUUUUAGAUCCACAUUAGAUUGAGAGGCUCAAGUGUUACGAUAUUGAUUAUUAUUAUUAUUUCCUAUCAAUAUCUUCAUUUUGUGUGUCACAAUUCACUUUAAUAUCUGUUGUCUCCCAGGUCUUGGUGCCUCAGUUGAAACUUCCAAUUUAACAUCCUGACACACACUACUCCCUCUUCCUGUGAUCAUCAGAACAAGAUAAAACCUUGUGUGUCUGGAUAGUUCUCAUCUGUUAAGAUUCAGGCUCAACCACACAUGUGACAAUGUCUCUUGGGGACGCAGCGGUGAAUUCCUCUCACAGUAUGUCUAAGGAGCAUUGGCUAAGUGAGAUUUCACAUUCAGUGGAUUUCAGCCAUCUCAUCAAUUUCUCCAUGCUACUGAAAUCUCGUUGUUCCACUCAGAAUUUGUCUUUUCCCCAGGAUGGCUUUCAAAGCAUUUUACUGACUGUGUCAAGCCAGAUCUUAGAGCUGGAACAGUGAGAAAAGUCAUGAGCUCAACCCUGAAGUGGAGAAGAGGCACGUUCUUUGUUUUUCACCAGCCACAAGGCUACAGCAAGAGUAUCUCCCUUUACCUGCCUGGAUGGGAACCCAGGGGACUGGUGCCGGAAGUCUGUGGCCCUGGUGUGUGAUGUUCCCGUCUCUGUGUCCAUGAGAAAACACAAUUUUCUAUCCCCAAAGAGUUCCCAAUCCAUUGAAUGAGAUCAACAAAACCGUCCACAUCAGACACUGUAAUGAAGGUUUAGCCAUGCAGUGGAGCUACCAGGCCCUGGGAUGGUACUGGGGAGUAUCUACAAAGAGUACUGUAAUGUGAUCUGUCUUCAAGUCUUGCAGCGUCUACUAACAGAAGGAAUUCAAAUGAUUAAGCAGUAACCAUAUCUUUAGGCUUAGUGGAAUCUUUACUGUGUUUCCUGGUAGGAGUAUCCAGGAUCUGGAAUUCCAGUUCAGCAGAGCAAAAAGUUCAAGAUACCAGAAGCAUAAAUGCCUCCAAGACAGUGAUCAGGAAGUAUGAGGGCAAAGGAAUAUGAGCCUUGAGAACCAGAGCAGCGUGUCCGAGUUCCUCCUCCUGGGCCUCCCCAUCCGGCCAGAGCAGCAGGCUGUGUUCUUCACCCUGUUCCUGGGCAUGUACCUGACCACGGUGCUGGGAAACCUGCUCAUCAUGCUGCUCAUCCAGCUGGACUCUCACCUUCACACCCCCAUGUACUUCUUCCUCAGCCACUUGGCUCUCACUGACAUCUCCUUUUCAUCUGUCACUGUCCCUAAGAUGCUGAUGGACAUGCGGACUAAGUACAAAUCGAUCCUCUAUGAGGAAUGCAUUUCUCAGAUGUAUUUUUUUAUAUUUUUUACUGACCUGGACAGCUUCCUUAUUACAUCAAUGGCAUAUGACCGAUAUGUUGCCAUAUGUCACCCUCUCCACUACACUGUCAUCAUGAGGGAAGAGCUCUGUGUCUUCUUAGUGGCUGUAUCUUGGAUUCUGUCUUGUGCCAGCUCCCUCUCUCACACCCUUCUCCUGACCCGGCUGUCUUUCUGUGCUGCGAACACCAUCCCCCAUGUCUUCUGUGACCUUGCUGCCCUGCUCAAGCUGUCCUGCUCAGAUAUCUUCCUCAAUGAGCUGGUCAUGUUCACAGUAGGGGUGGUGGUCAUUACCCUGCCAUUCAUGUGUAUCCUGGUAUCAUAUGGCUACAUUGGGGCCACCAUCCUGAGGGUCCCUUCAACCAAAGGGAUCCACAAAGCAUUGUCCACAUGUGGCUCCCAUCUCUCUGUGGUGUCUCUCUAUUAUGGGUCAAUAUUUGGCCAGUACCUUUUCCCGACUGUAAGCAGUUCUAUUGACAAGGAUGUCAUUGUGGCUCUCAUGUACACGGUGGUCACACCCAUGUUGAACCCCUUUAUCUACAGCCUUAGGAACAGGGACAUGAAAGAGGCCCUUGGGAAACUCUUCAGUAGAGCAACAUUUUUCUCUUGGUGACAUCUGACUUUUUAAAAAAUUAGAAUCUCAUUUUGGUUUAUCUCAUGUAUUUGAUUUUCCAUUUGAAUAUGUCUCAAAACAUUUUAUGUCCUGAAGCCCUAAGACAAAUGUUAACAUGUUGAAUGUAAUUGGUAAAUAUUUGUUGACCAGAAUUCCAUUCUCUUAUUAACAAUGUUAUUCUUUAUAGUUUUUGAUCAGUGAAUGCCAAAUUUUAUUAUUUAUUUCUGCAACUUGGAGAAGGGACAUAAUAACGCAAUAAUAUACAGUUUUCUUAUCCCUUAUUUGAGGAGAUGUUUGGAGACAUAUAUAUUUUUGGCCUAUAAUCCCAGGCUUUAACACAACAUAGAAUUGAAAGAAUUAGCUGUAUUAUUUUACUAUUCUCUCUAAUGUAGACUGAGUGGUAUCAUUAGUGACGUAGUGCUUCAUACCAGUCUCCUUGGAAAUAUAACCAAAUUCAAGUGCUAACUCUUGGAAAGUGUCAUUUUCCUAAAAGUGCCACUCCAGAUUCAGCACUGACUGUCUUUCAUGAAGGAUAGUCCUGUCUUCCAAAUGAAGAAUGAAAAGUAACACUUCUCAAAUGUUAGGGUACAUGAGAAUUUCUGGAAAGAUUGUCAAAACUCAGAUUCCUUUGAUCUACCACUACAAAUUAUGAUUUAGUAGAAUUUUGGGUGAGGUCUAAGAAUUUGCAUUCCUAACAAGCUGCCAGAUGAAACAAUGCUGUAGAAUGUUUACUAAAUCUUGGAAGUUGUGGGACACACAUUUAUAACACCUCAUCUGAAUUCUGGUAGUAGAUGGGAUGAAACAAGAGACACCUUAAGUUAUUUCAGUAAUAGAGAAAUCAGUGAUUCAUGCUGAUAUUUUUGGAUUAACUCUAGCUGUGGUAAAUUCCUCUCCCCAGUCUCUAAAUUAUCUCAUUUGUAUAUAAUAUAGAAAUACCCAGCUACUCCAUAUCAUGGUUUGUAUCAUCACGCCAACCUAUAUAUGUAAUGAAAAUGAAGCCAAAGUUUGGAAAAACACUACAUCCAGUGUCCAUCUGUGACUUCUUGUUUCCAUUAAGCCUCGUGGAAUUUCAGUGUGCCAUGUAACUUUUCUAAUGUCACUCAAAAUGCUCUGAUUUUCCUUGAACGAUUGGGGCAGGUUCACGUGAUCUAUAAUAACUCUAACAACAUAUUUUCAUAUUUCUGAACUAACUGAAACAAUCAUUUCACACAUGAUGCACAUUAAAUUGUAUAUUGGUUAGAAAACACUAGAUGAUUUCAGAAAAACUAUAACCCCACAAAGGAACACAAGUUCUUGGCAGAAUAUUGAACAAUUUUAUGUUAAAUGGUGUCAUUCAUUUAUAAAUGGCUCACUUAGUUUGCCAUGUUUUUUGACAUAUCCCAUAAAAUAGCAUUUGUUGUGGAUCCAAUCCAUGUUAUUGUUUUUUUUUACCCCAGUCUUUAUAUCCGCUCUUUUUGUUACAUUGGCUGUAUGCAAAAUGCAAUAUGUUUACUCAAUUUUAUACAUAAAGAUAAGGCUAAUUACUAUGUAAGCAGUAACUGGGAUGGCAUUGGUGAUGGCUUAAACUGGAGUCUGAGAUGCGAGGAUAGAAAUACUUGUGCAUUUUGAAGGAGUUUGAUAUUUGAUCUAUGUGUGGAAUAUUGCAGUAGCAACUUCCCUGUUAUUCAGCUAAUUUCAUUCCAUAACCUUUCACCUAGGCUUUGGGUGGGUGAAAACAAUCCGGCGUUGUUGCCUGUGUUUCCACAGAGUUCAACCUGAACUUCCAUUGUUCAUGUAUUUUCACAAGCAUUUUUUUUAUUAUUUUACUUUAAGUUCUGGGAUACAUGUGCUGAAUGUGCAGGUUUGUUACAUAGGUAUACAUGUACCAUGGUGGUUUGCUGCAUGUAUCAACCGGUCAUUUGGUUUUAAGCCCCGCAUGUAUUAGGUAUUUGUCCUAAUGCUGUCCCUCCCCUUGCUCCCCACCCCCCGACAGGCCCUGGUGUGUGAUGUUCCCCUCCCUGGGUCCAUGUGCUCUCAUCAUUCAACUCCCACUUAUGAUUCACGAGCAUUUUCACAGUUGUUUCUCCUCUUUUCAAAAGGGCAAGCCGCAGACACUAAGGAAUUAAGACAAUGCAGCACAUUAAAAAUGAUGCUUUUGAAGAUAUUAAAGUAGCCUUGAUCCGACAGCUCACAAAAGAGAUGAUUUUAAGGCAUUUCAUAGUCUUUAAUAAAAUUUCAUAGUGAAUAAAAUAAAACAUCUUAAGUAGAUAUGUAUGUAUAGAUGUGCAUAGACAUAGAAAUGCAAACAUGGUGACAGUAAAUUAUCACAGAAAAUGAAAGCUAUAAAGUACUAUAAAAUAAAUCCCAUUAUGUACACAGACAUGUUUAUGAAUAAGUCAUUUUAUUUUUCAUUUUAUUAUUAUUUUUUAAUUUCAACUUUUGUUUGACAUUCGUGGGGUGCAUGUCCAGGUUUGUUACAUGGGUAUAUUGCAUGAUGCUGAGGUUUGGGUUACAAAUGAUAUAUCAUCACCCAGAUAGUGAGCGUAGUACCCAAUAGUUGGUUUUUCAACCUUUCUCUAGUAGUCUUCAGUGUCUAUUGCUCCCAUCUUUAUGUCCACGUGUACCUAAUGUUUAGCUCCCACUUAUAAGUGAGAACAUGCAGUAUUUGGUUUUCUGUUUCUGUGUUAAUUUGCUUAGGAUAAUGGCCUCCAGUUACAUCCAUGUUGCUGCAAAGGACAUGAUUUCAUUCUUUUUGAUGGCUUCGUAGUAUUCCAUGGUGUACUACAUUUUCUUUAUCCAGUGCACCAUUGAUAAACACCUAAGUUGAUUCCAUGUCUUUGCUAUUGUGGAUAGUGAAAAUGCCCUCUUAGAAGGAUAAAAAAUGAAUCAUGAAAGGGUGAGAUACUUUGACUUUCUCCUUUGUUUUCAUGUUUAUAUUAUUUGUAUUUCCAUCAUAAAGAGGAGUUAGUUUUAUAAGCAGCAAACCAAAAAAGAAUUUUCAUUUGAGAGAAAAAUCUCUAUAGACAUCUCAACCUAACACCUAACCAGGGGAAACCAGAAUCUGGCAGGGGAGGUCUUUCCCCAUCUCUUUUUGGACUUAAAUUCACAGGGCCUGACACUCUUCCUAAGUACAGAGAUUCCUUGCAGUCUGCCCUUAGAGCCACUUGCCUCAGAAUUUUCUGGCCCCAGAUCUCAUGAAUGAAUAUCUCCACAGGUGGAGCUGGGACCUGAUCUUUAACAAGCUCCCCAGGUGAUUUUGAUGAACAUCGAAGCUUAGAGACCACUGCCCGAGGGCAUCUCUCCUGGGGAGAGUAGGAGGAAAACUGAGCAAUUAAUGCAUGUUUAUUUAACGCAAGUCUCUAACCUUGAGCUUUGUGCCCUGUCCCCUUGUGUCCUCUCCCUGGUGGGUAGAAUAGACUUGUUACCUCUCCAUUUCUGAAGCCUGUAAAUUGAGAAGAGUAAGCUCCAGGUUCAUGACUUCUUUCUCCGAUGUCAGUGAGGUUUAGGACCACAGAAUUCGGAGGCUAACUCUGGUCCCUUGGUCUCCUAGAAAGAAGCUGAGAAACCAGUCCAUACUCCCAGGAAUGACUUGAGCAUAAAGUUCAGAUCAGGACUGGGUAUCCUUCUCCAGGAGCAGGUGUGUGUGUGUGUGUGUGUGUGUGUG